AUUAUUGAAAGAGAAAGAGAAACAAAAUUCAAAAUUCAAAAAUUUGAAGAGAGAGAGAGAGAUGGCAACGACAUCAGGAAACAUCAAGGAAUUCUACAGACAGAGGAAGAAGAGCGGCGUUUCAAAGCCCUCCAACUCCAAGCUUUCCACCAAGAAAUCGCUCAAAAACGCUGCCACUUUCGGCUCCGAUAUCACCCAACCUUCGGCUCUCAUUUCUCACGGCUCCCCUGAUCUCAAAGAUGACUAUGAUGAGAAUGAGGACAUGUUGCGAAAAUUCGACAUGAACAUGGCAUAUGGACCGUGCCUUGGGAUGACUCGACUGGCCCGUUGGGAGCGCGCUCGGAGUCUAGGUUUGAACCCUCCUGAAGAGAUCGAGGGCCUUUUGAAAGCCGGGAAAGCUCGGUCGGAUUGCUUGUGGGAUGGCCGCAUAUAGAUGUUAGUAUGUUGAUAUAAUGUGUUCUUUGUGCUAUGGUAUCACAAUGUAGUAGGUAGUGUAUUGACUGAAAGUAGUGGUGCUGCUUGUUUCAUCUCAAAGUGUUGAAGGUUCAGCCUCUGGCUGUGCUGUUCUGUUCUGUUCUAGAUGAUGUUUGUAUGCUUUGAUUUGCUAGACAGUUUGGUAGUGUUAAUUAAGGUUUGUUUUAGUUCAUGUUUGUGAUUAUGGUUUUCAUUGCUUUUGCUAGUUGUGUGCUGGAUUGAGUGAUUGAUAGUUUGAAGCAAAGCAUAGAAUGUUGCAAGUUUUGCAAUUGUAGCCUGGAAUAUAUGCUUAUGCUUUGCUUGUGUGUGUCAAAACAUUUGAGAAUAUGUCUAUGGAUUAAGAUGCUUUGGGUAGUU